GUUUGUUAUUUGUGUACUGGCAAUCCAAAAGCAGAAUAAUAUUUUAUGACACAAAACCGCCCAUAUUUAAAUUAUGAUGUACAUCCAGGAAGAUAUACUUGCAUUUCGACAUUCUGUCGAACUCCUCUCCUAGGAGAAGAAUAUCUUGAUGUGAUAGUUGAUGAUGUUCUAGUGGUUGAACGUCGACCACCAAACGCUACAGCACCAGGAUCCUUUUUAUAUGGACUUAAUGAAAGAACAAAACAGAAGGGAUAUUUUCCGGCAUGUUGUGUAGAUAUACGCAAAUUCGAAUCGUUUCAUCUGAGAAGUAAAAGCACUGACCGAAUUACUCCUGCUCACUCUUCACCGAAUUCACAGCUCCUUAAAGCUACAAAUGUUGGUUCACAGAACCUACAACCAACCUUACAACCAGCUAAACCUGCAAGAUAUAAACGUUUACUUGAUAUAUCCUCCUCAUGUUCGUUACCCGGUUUACCACUUGAUUCAUCUUCUUCUCGAUCAUGUACAAAUUUGUCUAUUUCUUCUCAAGAUAUUUUACCUCAUGAAAUUCGAAAGUGUAAUGUAUCUGUAUCAACAUUAUCAUACGGAUAUCAUCGAUUCGUCAGUGUUUCUGUCAGUUAUCCACAAAUGUGUAGUUUAUGUAACGAUUAUAUAGUGACGCCGCGAUGUAACGCUAGUAGGUGUUUUACUUGCAAGUCUCUAUUUCAUCUUGUUUGCGCUGAAUACUCAAAAAGAUUUGGUGUAUCUCCUUGUCAGUGUCCAGUAAAUGAUGAUUCGACUGUUAAGUCAGAGAAAUUGACUAAUUCGUCCACAUGUAGUGCCUUCUCAUUAUUGUCGUCCUCUAUUUCGACCACUGAGCAGCCACUGGUUUCUUGGAAUUGUACGCAAGUGGCCCAUUGGUUAGCUGUUGUUGGUCUCGGUCGAUUUGUUCGACUAUUCAUCAAAUUUAAUUUAGAUGGCAAUUUUCUUUCAGAAGUCACUAAUGAUUCACCUCAUUUGCGUAGAGUAGCUGAUCCAUUUGCUCGUGAAGCAUUAGAAAGAGCAAUACUGACUCUACAAGGUAAAAAACCCACUCCUGGAGAAAAUAUUAGCAUAUUCGCGAAGUUGGACAUCAAUGAAAAAUGUCCAGGAAAAAGUAGCAGUUCUCGAGAGCACGAUUUCAAGCUCACUACUUUUUACCAAAUGGUCUCUUGUAUAGUGUGCAAUAUUCCUUUAUUAGGUUUUAAUCAUCAGGGAUUUCAGUGUAAAAAGUGUGGCGCUAUUUGUCAUCGCAUCUGUAAAGCUUUAGAAUAUUUUUCAAAUUGUCCUGAAGUGUUUCAUGCAACUGAAGUAUCCAAUCUGGAUAAUCGUGUCACUGGUUGUGAAACGAAUGAAUUCCCCUCUUCAUUGUUUCCUUAUGUCAGUGAAUACUUUGGUGUUAGGUUGGAAGAACAAAAAUUGGAUUCUAAUCUAAAAGUCCCUGUAUUCUUAACUACAUGUACUGAUCAAAUAGAAAAACUAGCUACUGAAAGUUUUAUAACUGCCAGUAAUAAUCCGUGUAUUCAACCUACUGAUAUGGCUAUGGUUUAUCAACAAUCAGCUUCAACGUAUACUCUACAAGAACUUCAUGAUACAUUUGCUCAUUGUUUACCGUUACCUGAUAUAGAACAGUCAUCUAUUCAUCCGUUAGACAUUGUGCGUUUCGCUCAAUUAAUGAAAGCUUUUCUUCGUGAUCUACCGGUAGGUGUGAUACCGGAAGAAUACUACUUGGAUUUCUGUAAUUUGGCAAAUAUAAGAGGUAUAAAUGAGAAAGAAAAAGCCGUUCAUACAUUUCUUGAAAGUCUUCCUGAACUUCAUCGGCGAUGUUUGAUUCAUAUUUUCAACCAUUUAGGCUUCGUACUGAACCAUCAAAAUAAGUUAAGGUCUUAUUUGUCGGACUCAUUGUCUAUCAAUAUGAGCCGAUCGAGUUCGUUCUCUGAGUCCAGUAUAAAUGUAUUGAAUAAAGCUACUCCUUGGUUGAUGGUUUUUAGACAGAUACUUGUUCGACCACCAUGGCACCUUAUCACUGACAUAGCUAUGGCUAUGGAUACACAUAUGCGCGCUUUAGAGGUUCUCUUUUCAAAGUUUGCUAAUCUUGACAACGGAGAAUCAGAAUAUCUACCUGGAAUCGAAAAUCCCGAAGCACAUUCUAAUGUAAAAGAUGAAAAUUUUCAGAGAAAUAUUUCCAGAUAUCAGGAUGGUGAACAUACAUCUUCUGGAUCCAUUUCAUCAUAUCCUACUAAUACAAUUGCACCAACUGUUCAUACUCCACCUAGUCCUACUUCUAUUGCUGCUAAUAAAAAAGAUUUAGAGAACCAAGAAUGGUAUUGGGGUGAUAUAACACAAGAAGAAGUACAUGAACUGAUGACAGAUCUUCAAGAUGGAUACUAUCUUGUCCGUGAUGCUUCUGGGAGUUCGUCUGCUGCAUUCACUUUGGUAGUCAGAUGGCGCGGUUUAAAUAAGUUGAAUCGAAUCUAUCAUCGUGGUGACUAUUUUGGAUUCACUGAUCCGCCAUAUCCAAAUUUUCGCCUCGUUUCUGAACUUGUUGAAUUUUGUCGUGUUCAUCCAAUAACUUUGACUAGUUAUAGUAAUUUACGAUUAGUUUGGCCGGUAUCACGUCGUCAUAAACGUUUUCAUGGCAAAAUUGACAGCUUAUUCGAUAAUAAUAUCUCUAACGAAAUCAAAAGCAAUACAGAUGGAGUGUUCGCAUGUUUUCUAACUGAAUCACAAUUAAACAAUGAGCUGAAAACUAAAGCUGCUGAAAUUAAUCAACUAGAUAAACUAAUUACCGAUUUACAGCAACAGUCAAAAAAUGCAAUUGAUUUGAAAGAGCAAGGUGUUCGUCUUAUAAAAGGGUAUCAGAAUAUCCGUAAAUGGUUACAGACUUCAUUGAGUCAGUUAGAUGAUUAUUCUUAUCCAAGUGAAAAGUUAAAAAUUUCACCUCAAAUUGAAAUGUUAAAAAAAGAAAUAGAAGAAACAGAAAAGCAGAUCAAGAUUAGCAAGGAAGAAGUUAAUAAUCAAUCUAAAAACGCUCGAAUAAUAUGUGAAAAUUAUGCAAAUGCACUUUUUCGUCAGCGUAAAUUGAGAAGACAAGCUCACGAAAUACGUCGAGCAUUAAAAGAUCGAGGAUUCAAAGAAGAAUCUUUAUCAUCUUCCAGUUCUUCAUUGUGUGAUGAGAUCAUUUCUUCGGGGAAACAAUCGAUUGAUAAUCAAAUUAUUACUAUGCCGAAAUAUUCGCGUGAUAAUGUCGAUAUACCAGAUGAAAUACAUGAUCGUCGAUAUUGGUUCCUCACAGAUGUUAACAGAGAAAAGGUAGAGGAGUUAUUGAAGGAUAAACCUGCUGGAACGUUUGUUGUCAGACCUUCAGCUGCCGGUGAUAAACUAGCAUUGGGUAUAAGAUUAGAACAAUCUAUUCAGCAUUGUUUGAUUCAUUGUGUGAAUGGAAAGUAUGGAUUUGUUGAAAAUUCUUGUACAUUUGAAACACUGGAAGCUUUAAUCUGUUAUUAUCAUGUGGAGAAUUUGAAACGUUACAAUAAUCUACUCGAUAUAACUUUAAAGUAUCCGAUUAGAUUACAUUUGGAUGAGUGAGAACUAUCAGUCGUGUACUUACCUAAUUUCGCGACCCUGUUUUGUUCUGUUGAUCUAUAUAUAUAUAUAUAUAUAU